CACCGCAUCAUCAGUCCGCGUCGGAGAGUUGCCCGCGACGCUUGUCUGCGAGCUCGAUCCCUCAGAUUCGCUGCUGGUUUACGGCGUGCCGUAACACGACACGUUUGGAGGGACCGCCGCUGCUACGCGUGUGUCUGGUGCUCUGUGAACUCUGGAUAUUGUGCUACUGGUGUUGUGACGAUGUAUGUGUGCUGAAAUCUGCUGCAUAAGUCUUCAAUUAGGAUUUUUAACGACGCAACCAGUUCCGGAUCAGCUCAGCCGAUUGUCGUUAUGAAAGUAGUUAGCUUGCAACUGCCUUCUGGGCCAAGCAUGGAGCGGCUGCCGCUGCCAUUCAGCCCGACGGAGCUGCUGUGGAGAUACCCCCUGCCGUGGGCCCCACCGCCUCCCUCUCCCCUUGGUGACACCAAGGCUCAACUGCCAGCUGGUCUACCCCCAGAACCAAGACUUUGGACCAGAGAAGACGUUGUAGUCUUUCUCAAAUGGUGCGAAAGGGAAUUUGAUUUACCAAAUUUCGAUAUGGACCUCUUCCAAAUGAAUGGUAAGGCGUUGUGCCUAUUAACAAAGACAGAUUUGGGAGAACGUUGCCCUGGCGCUGGUGACGUUUUGCACAAUGUUCUUCAGAUGUUAGUGCGCGAUGCUGCCCUAUUGGGGAGAGUGCCCUCUUCGCCAGUAACACCGACGGCUAGAGCCGCUCCUUACCCACCUUCCCCACACUCGCAUCCUCCGACUCCCACAUGGGCUGUGGACGGUUUCCACCACUUCCACAGUGCGGCCGCUGCUGCAGCAGCCCAACCCAACUCUGUAACAUUAAGCCCAGCUCCUUCCGUAGACAGCUCCGGCAGUCCGCAGCGCGGAGACACAGUUAACUACGGUCCUACCUAUGCUCCAUCAGUCCUAACUCAGGUUCAAGCUGCCAGCUCUGGAAGCAACCACUCUGACUCAGACGAAGAGGCACAGUUUGUCCCACCUCCACGGUCACCGAAAGAAGUUCCGCUUGCAAGUCCUGCGCCGCAAACACACGCAACGCAACAUUCGCAUUACCGCGCUCAACAUAGGGAGUUCUUCCCGAAUGACAUGCCUGAAUCGAAUACGAAUGGCAGACUUCUGUGGGACUUUCUGCAACAGCUACUUAAUGAUCCUACACAGCGUUACACAAACUACAUCGCCUGGAAGAACCGGGAAACUGGUGUAUUCAAAAUUGUGGACCCAGCUGGACUAGCUAAACUCUGGGGAAUCCAGAAGAAUCAUCUUUCAAUGAACUACGACAAGAUGUCGCGUGCUUUGAGAUACUACUAUCGUGUCAACAUUCUUCGUAAAGUGCAAGGAGAACGACAUUGCUACCAGUUUCUCAGGAACCCAACUGAACUGAAAAACAUCAAGAACAUUUCACUCUUGCGUCAACAAAUGAGCCCAACGAGAGUUGUACCACAACAGACUGUGGUAAAAUCAGAGAUGAAAGAAGAACGUUGUGAUGAAGAAAUUGUUGACGAAGACAUGCCAACCGACUUAAGUAUAACUGCAUCAGAGCCCUGGAGGAAGCGCGCGCGCCCUGACCCCACGUCGGCGCCCUCGCAACAUGACAAACAUCGCAUCAGUGCCCUCAUCGGUGACAAUUUGAUGCCAAAGCGUGAACCAGUAGAAUAUAGUGCUGAAAAUUAUGCGCUAAACUUAAGAAGUGAAAAAUGUGAACAAUGAUUUUUAAAUACUUAAGACGCUGAACAAUUACAGUGUAUUGCGACAUUAACAAGUGUGAAUGACUCCAGCCACGAAAAUUCUAGUCGAAUUUCUCUCAAAAAGCUAAAAAGUCUUCCUUUACAUAAUAAUGAUCAAAAAGUCAUCUCAAUAUACGUUUAUGUUAAAAACAGCUCGAUUGAGAGAACUUCGACAGAUUAGGCCUGCGGAGUCAAACAGGGUAUGGACCUUAAAUGAUGCCUUUGUGCCAAGUGAUUUUAUCUAAUAGUGUCAAUUACCUAAAUAGUUAGCAAAAGCGGACAAGAGUUUAUGUGUGUUAAAGUCAUAAUAAAGACUAUAUUUUAAUAUUUGUGCAAUGGACCACUGACAUGACUGCCGACAUCUCGCAGCGGUAGAAAAAUGUUGCCAAAAUCCUGUAUGAGCGUGGCACCUACGCGCUCAUUAAUGCAUUUUGUAAUUUAAUUAGUUUGUAACUAUGUUUAUCUUUGGUUAUAAAAUUCUAAAAAGAGUUAAAUUGAAAACUCGUGAAGAGAAUAUUAUUAUCAUUAAAAUUUAGAGUUUAUAGUCUUCCAUGGAAUAUAUUUGGCAAACAUUUCAAUUGUAGCAUGAUCAGAAAACACGUCAUACAAUCUACCACAUUUAAUUCACUUCCAAAUACCCUUAUUAAAAUGUCACAUUGAUUGCCACUAUGUAGCUGAUUUCACAUUAUUGUGUAUGUAAAGGGCUUAAUAAAUAGGUGUUUGGGACAUAAAAAAGACAAUAAUAGCAAACAAUCUAUUACUUAAAAAUGCCUUUAAAUCUACAAAAAACGUCCACUGUGAUAAAAAUAAAGUGGUAGACAUAGAGUAUGCUAGGGCUUUUACUCAAAGAUUUCCAGCUACAAUUUUCUGUGAUCUCUUUUAUCAAUAUAGGUAAACGUCAUAGAGUAAAGCUAUGUUUUGUAAAUAUUAUUUAAGGCUAGACGUAAGAUAGAUUAUAAGAAACAGACUGUAAAGAGAGUAUGUAUGAUUUGUAAAACAAAAGUGGAGCUUUAUCAAAGUACCUAGUUUA